AAAUAUAUAGUGAUGCCUGACCACGUUGCCUUCCAUGUGGUAGCCCACAGUAAUUCCGGUCCUGGAGUAAUUAUUUUCGAUCAUGUGAUCUCAAAUAUUGGAAGCGGGUACGACAUUACCUCCGGAGUUUUUAGUGCGCCUACAACAGGUUUUUAUGUGUUUUCCUGGAGCAUAGAGACUUACGGACAGUUGACAGAAUGUGCCCUUUUAGUGAACGGAUUAAAAAUGGGAACGUCAAAGUCUGACCAAGCCUCAUCAUACUACGACACAACAACUUCCUUCGCUGUUCUUAACCUUACAAGAAAGGACAAAGUCUGGGUCAGAGUAGAAAGCGGGCGUGCAGAAGCGAUGCAUACGAUGUUUUCUGGCUGGAUGAUCAAUAAAAAUGAUAGCGCUGUAUUUUAUGCCUCUCUUUCGCGUGAUGUGAACGGUUCUCGCAUUAUCUUUAACAACGAAAUCCUAGACACGGAUGAUUCUUACUCCACAUCUACAGGGAAGUUUGUGGCGCCUCAUUCUGGUCUCUACGUUUUCAUGAUGUCAGGACUUAUCUACGGAAGUUACGAAUUCAAUUGCAAGUUUUCAUUUAGUAACGGAAUUUCUCAGCCAGAGGUAUGGGUAGACUCGAGCAGCGGGAAAUAUGACAGCAGCAGUUACAUGUCAUUUGCCUGGAUGAGCACUGGCGACUCUGUGUUUAUCAAAGCCGGGAGAAUGGCAGCCAAGUCCAUGUUUGCAGGAUGGCUGAUGGUCGAUGACAGAAACGUGUCAAAAUCAACUUUCCCAGCUUUCCUCGCUCAUAUAAGUGGUGGCUCGUCCAGUACCCCAGUUGUUUAUAAUAUAGCUCACGGAGGCUAUCACCAUGGUUACUCAACAAGCACGGGAGUGUUCACUGCCGAUCGUGAUGGAUUGUAUUUGUUUUUGUAUAAUACAGAGGGUAAAAGCAAAGUUGUGCGUACUGCGCUGAGAGUAAAUGGAGUGGAAAUAUUCGAAACGAGGUCGGACGGACGCCAUUCUGGUUAUGACGAUACUUCCGCUGCCACUGUCCUUCGUUUAUCCUCGAACGAUCAUGUCUCCGUAGGAGUUAAAUUCGGGACAGUUGAUGGUUACCAGUCGCUGUUUUUUGGAAUACUUCUAUGUGAAAUGUAA